GUUUCCGCCAGCGCCGGCCACGUGACGACGCCCCGCCCAAGAUGGCGGACAACCUUCCCUCAGAGUUCGAUGUGGUGGUGAUCGGGACCGGUUUGCCCGAGUCUAUUAUUGCAGCAGCAUGUGCCAGAAGUGGCCAGAGUGUUCUUCACGUUGAUUCGAAAAAUUACUAUGGUGGAAACUGGGCCAGCUUUAGUUUUUCAGGAUUGUUGUCCUGGAUUAAAGAAAAUCAGCAAAAGACGGAUGUCAGUGUUGAAUGGGAUGACUGGAGAAAACUGAUCCUUGAGAAUGAAGAAGCUAUUUCUCUUAGCAAGAAAGAUAAAACUAUUCAACAUGUAGAAGAUUUCUGUUUUGGCGAUCAGGAUUCAGCUGAAGGUGUGGAAGAAGCCGGUGCGUUGCCCAGGCUGCCUGUCUUUGGAGCCGCUGGCGCUGAGGGGGUUGCUCAGGAAUCAGAAAAAGCGCAUUCAACAGCGGAGAGCACAGAGCUGGAGAGCCCAGAACCCGAAAAAGCUACGGGCACUGAGGCAGCAAGUGAAGUAAUCACAGAAAUCACCUCCGCAGACGCAAGUUCUCAUAGUGCGGCUUUGGGCGAGUCUGCUGGGGAACUGGGACAAACUGAACCUGCGCCCGCAGAAGCUUCGGUCCAAGAACCAAAGAAAAUUACAUAUUCUCAAAUUGUUAGAGAAGGCAGAAGGUUUAAUAUCGAUUUAGUUUCCAAGUUGCUCUUCUCCCGAGGUCUGUUAAUUGACCUUCUGAUUAAGUCGAAUGUUAGCAGAUAUGCAGAGUUCAAAAAUGUGACACAGAUACUUGCCUUUCGAGAAGGAAAAGUUGAACAGGUCCCUUGUUCUAGAGCAGAUGUCUUCAACAGCAGACAGCUCGCCAUGGUGGAGAAGAGAAUGCUCAUGAAAUUCCUGACAUUUUGUUUGGACUAUGAACAACACCCUGAUGAAUACCGAGACUAUGAGAACGGUACAUUUGCUGAGUUCUUGAGAACACGGAAGCUAACGCCCAGCUUGCAGCACUUCAUUCUUCACUCCAUUGCGAUGGUUUCAGAGACUGAUUGCGGCACUCUUGAAGGUCUUCAGGCAACAAAAAAAUUUCUCCAGUGCCUUGGCCGCUAUGGCAAUACACCAUUUUUGUUUCCUCUGUAUGGUCAAGGAGAGAUUCCGCAGUGCUUCUGCAGGCUAUGUGCUGUAUUUGGUGGCAUCUAUUGUCUUCGCCAUCCUGUGCAGUGCCUUGUAGUGGACAAAGAAUCUGGACGAUGCAAAGCUAUUGUGGAUCAUUUUGGACAAAGAAUAAGUGCUAAAUAUUUUAUUGUGGAAGACAGUUACCUUUCAGAGAGUGUAUGCACAAAUGUGCAUUACAGGCAGAUCUCCAGGGCAGUGCUCAUUACAGAUCAGUCUGUACUCAACACAGGUUCAGAGCAGCAGGUUUCCAUUUUGACGGUGCCUCCAGUGGAUCUGGGAAAACCAGCAGUUUGUGUCAUUGAGUUGUGUUCCUCAACCAUGACGUGCAUGAAGGGCACUUAUUUAGUCCAUUUAACCUGUCCGUCAACUAAAACUGCUAGGGAAGAUUUAGAGCCUGUUGUGCAGAAGUUAUUCAAUCUAAAUACGGAAAAAGAUGCUGAAAAUGAAGAGCUGGAAAAACCUAGGGUCCUCUGGGCCGUCUACUUUAACAUGAGAGAUUCUUCAGGAGUUGACAGAAGUUCAUAUGAUCGCUUACCCUCAAAUGUUUAUGUCUGUUCGGGACCAGACUCUGCCUUAGGAAACGACUGUGCUGUCAAACAGGCUGAGACUAUUUUCCAAGAAAUGUUUCCUACAGAGGAGUUUUGCCCACCAGCACCAAAUCCAGAAGAUAUUAUUUAUGAUGAAGAUGAGAUCGCGCCAGAAGAGUCUGGAUUCAGUAAUUCACCAGAGACAAAACCUGAAGCCUCAACUGAGGAAAUGAGUAGUGGAGGUAGCGCUGCUGUUGAGAAAGCAGAUAAUGAAGAAUGAAUUAGCUCUGUUCUCUUAAUAGAAGAGGAGGUUGACCCAAACUGAAAUGUAAGGGAGGAAGGGUAAGAAAAAGAGGUUUAAGAAAACCAUAGUUUGUGAUUGCCUUACUUUCCUUAGCUUGAAUAAUCUUUCUUUGUCAAAUAGUUUCAUUGAUAGCAGAGACAUUUCGAAACAGUCAUAGGUUUGUUGAGAGAAUUUGGUUUGGGUUUACAUCUUAGAAAGAAUCCUCCAUCUUUUAAACAGGCAACAGGUCAAAACUAUUCCAGAAAAAAAAAUGUGCAAGUUUGCUCACCAGUCAGAAGAUGAUAUUCUGGUCCAGUGUAUCACAGUCCUACUAAAAAUCAUUGGAUCUGCUAAUUAAAAAGCUGAAGGUGAGCUUCACAAUCUGUCCUUUCCGAGUGGUUUUAUGAAUAGAACAUAAAGGCAACAAUAUUGACAGUUCUGGAGUUGCUUUAGAAUAUGUAAUGUUUGAUUUGUAGAAUGAAAAAAAAAUUAUACGGUCUUGAUGCUGAUGCCAGAAUUUAGAAACAAAUAUAAUCCAAUAGAUGUGCCUCACAGGAAACUAUUUUACGUUCAAAUUUUUUUUAAUAAGAUCUAAUAGAUUUUCAUUAGUGACUUAAUCUACUGUAGUCAGGAAAAUAGCACAAUUUAACCUUAAUGCUAGAUUUCCCAGCAAAAUUUGAAGUCAUAAAUGGAGUGUACCGGUUGUUAGUUUCCCUGGAUUUGUUGCAAUGGCCUUUGAUAAGCCAGAAGUUUAUUUUUUGAACUAUGGUGUCUGAGAAAUUCAGAUGAUGAUUGAGUUUUUUUGUGGUAGGGAGAACGUUCAACUGGUAAUCCCAAAGGUUUGUAUUGAUCUGGGUUAAUAGGAUUAAUAUUAGGGUGAUAGCUGUAAAUUAUGCAUUUCAUAACGAUAAAUCAUAAAACAUUUAUACAGUAAAAUUUAUUGAAGUAUUUAUAAGCCUAGUUUGUAUGAAAAACUACAACAUGAGAAUGAUGUUGUAAAUGGCCAUGAUAAACUUGCACUUCUUCUGAACAAUGCUUGAAAUUAGAUAUUCAGAUGAUGUGAAGUAUUUAACAUUUGCUUAAAGAUUUACUUUAAAAUGCACACCCAAUAAAUCAGCAGUAUGUCUAAAUAUAGGAAUCAGUGAAUUUUGAUGAGUCAGGGCUUAAACUUCUACAUUAACUUAGAUAUGGUUCUAGCAGUGCUUAAAUACUGUCUGUAAAUAAAGAACGCCAUGGAAUAAUGAAUAUUCAGCACUGCCGGAACGGGACACAUCCAGGCUUUCGUGCGGUUCCGCAGGGCACCUGCUUGCCUUUAAAACGGCUUCAUGCCAUAAAGGUUAAUUUAUUUAUUUUUUUACAGCAUAACUGGUAACAGUCCACUUUGUCUUGCACCAUAAUAUAUUGUCCAGUUUGUGUUUCGGAAACUGGUUUGUUAGUGUUUACAUUCUUUGUUUCUUGGAUAGGCACCGUCUUGUGUAUAAUCCCAAAGUCCUCAAAAAUACGUGUUUGAAACGUUUCCAAUGUUAAACAACAGUUAUCUUUGGAUGCUUGUGAUUGAGCAGUUAUAGUUAUAAGCAGACUGCCUCUUCAUUUAGCUGUAAUUCUUAUGUGUACUGGAAAGCAUGAGUGUAUGGUAAUUAUAUUUAACAUCUACAGAUCUGUAUAAGAACCAAGUGGAGGACCUAGUCCCUGUUUGUUUUGCAGUAAUAAGGAUCCUAGUUGAAUUUUUCAUCUCCUAUGUUUACAAGAAAAUCAUUUGAUGAAAAAUUAAAGUUUUGCUUGCAA